GGAGCAUUUUUAAUUUCGUUAAGGUGGUUUAAAGUACAAUUUCUAAACGUUCAGUAAGUCAACGUGUCAGAUUUAUUGUGAGAUUUAUUGUAAUUUAUGCUGUUGGAGGAUUGAUGGUAAAACAGGGGUGACAGUCUUAAGUUCAUAUUGCAAGGCGUUGAUGGAGGGGCUACUGAGAGGUGUUUGGGAAGGACACUAUGUUUCCCUGUGUCUCCUCCUGGCCCUCUUCUGAUCCCCCUGCCUCUCUGGGCCAUGCUCCGCCCAUUCCCCCGGUACAGCCGCCCAAUCAGCCACUGCCUGACCUGCUGCGGAGCUGUGUCGUGCUCCCUUCCCCGUCCACGCGCCUGAGCCCUUGUACCAGUGAGAUGGAGUCCAUGAUUGUGGUGACGGAGUACGAGCCCAGUGGUGGCUCAGGGCAGGAGGGCGGAGAGGAGGAGGAGGUGGAGGACAUGGACAGCUCAGAAACGCCCGAGCCGGCGUCGUCAGGUCCGGUCCCGCCCUUCCGCAUGGCCUCCUGUGAUCUUUUAUCCCACACGUUGGGCCGCCCGGAGGCGCUCUUCCCAGAACCGCAGGAGCACCGAGGUAGACUGAGCCUCUCCGACAGGAAGCUGUCUCUGCAGGAGCGCUCUCAGACGCUUUCAUCGCCCUGCGGUUCGCCGGGGCUGAACGGACGCUAUAUUUACCCAUCGCUGCCCUACUCGCCAAUCACCUCCCCUCACUCGUCUCCACGCCUCCCUCGAAGACCAACCGUGGAGUCUCAUCGUGUCUCCAUCACAGACCUGCAGGACUGCGUUCAGCUCAACCAGUACAAGCUGAAAGAUGAGAUUGGAAAGGGCUCCUAUGGAGUUGUCAAGCUGGCGUACAAUGAAGACGACAACACGUACUAUGCCAUGAAAGUGCUGUCCAAGAAACGACUGAUGAGGCAGGCUGGGUUCCCGCGCAGACCUCCUCCUCGUGGGGCAAAAUCGGCCCCUGAGGGCCCCCCUCAGCCCAAAGGGCCUCUGGAGCGUGUUUACCAGGAGAUAGCCAUCCUCAAGAAGCUUGAUCACUCUAAUGUGGUUAAGCUUGUGGAGGUGCUGGAUGAUCCAAGUGAGGACCAUCUGUACAUGGUUUUCGAGCUUGUCAAACGAGGAGCAGUGAUGGAGGUUCCUACUGAUAAGCCCCUGGAUGAGGACCAGGCACGCUUCUACUUCCAGGACUUGCUGAGAGGAAUUGAGUAUUUACAUUACCAGAAGAUCAUUCAUCGGGACAUCAAGCCUUCCAAUCUGCUUGUGGGGGAAGAUGGCCAUGUUAAAAUUGCAGACUUUGGGGUCAGUAACCAGUUUGAGGGAGCAGACGCCCUGCUGACCAGCACAGUUGGGACGCCAGCGCUUCUCGCCCCAGAGACCCUCUCAGAGACCCGCAAGAACUUCUCUGGAAAGGCUCUGGAUGUGUGGGCAAUGGGAGUCACCUUAUACUGUUUCAUCUUUGGAGUGUGCCCGUUUAUGGAUGAGCGUAUUUUGAGCCUCCAUCAGAAGAUCAAGACCCAACCGGUGGAGCUCCCAGAGAACGCGGAUAUAUCAGAUGACUUAAAGGACCUUCUGUUUAAAAUGCUGGACAAGAAUCCUGAAACCAGAAUUACCGUCCCACAAAUCAAGGUGCACCCAUGGGUGACGCGGCACGGCGCUGAGCCCCUCCCCCCGGAGGACGACAACUGCUGCAGCCUGAUAGAAGUGACAGAGGAGGAGGUGGAAAACUCUGUCAAGCACAUCCCCAGCCUGGCCACCGUGAUCUUGGUUAGGACUAUGCUGCGCAAGCGUUCUUUUGGGAACCCGUUUGAUUGGGGCCGCAGGGAAGACAGGAGUCCCGCCGCACCAGGACACACGCUAUCAAAAGGGAGAGCAGGGAGUUUGAAAUACUGCCGCAAUCUCAGUACGCCCAGGAAACAAGAGAGCGAGGAAGGCAUGCGGAGCAUGGACCUGCCCUUCGUGGGCGAGGAAGAAGUUCUUUCCUGAUAGUUGUGGGCGUCUUGCUCGGGCGAAAUGCGCAAGGAUGGGGCUGUCGUGGUUGCCGGAAGGCCAGGAUAUGGACCUGGGGCUGGGGCGUGGAUGAAAAGAGAAAGAAGAAAGAAGCUCAUGUUGGGUUAUUAAUGUGGAGAGUGCCCACCCACUCAUGCAUGCAUUUGUACAGUCCACAACAGCAUGCACUGUAUCUGUCCACCUAGGUCUCUGCCGUCUCUCAGGACCUGUGUUUCUGUGCGUGCGUGUGUUUCUACUCUCCUCUCUGGCACAGAGACUCUGCUUUACUCCUCUACUUCAGCUAGGGGGCGCCACCGUGAGGAUAAACUGAAUUUUCAAGGGGGGGGGGGGAAUGUCUUUGCUUUGUCCAUCACUCAUUAUUUAUAGAGUGCUGCUUUGUGGCAGUUUUACAGAUCUUAUAGAUUAUUAGAAUUAACUGAAUUUGAACGUAAUAAAAUAAAGAUAGCUCAAACUAAUUUUUAUUACUUAUUAAUUUAUUAAUUAGAUUUCAGAUGCAAAGGCCACUUGGACCAAGCCAUCGGAAAAAUAAGAUGAUGCUCUCCACAUGUUGUAUUAGUUUAUCAAGUACUUUCACUUCAGAUGUGCUAAAUCUCUGUCUCAACCCACUCAGAAGUUAAAGUACUUAAAUUAAAAAGUGUAAAAAAAAAAAAAAAAACCAGACAUACUUAGAGGCUUUUGCAUCUGAACUCAUAUAUAUAUAUAUAUAUAUAUAUAUAUAUAUAUAUAUAUAUAUAUAUAUAUAUAUAUAUAUCAAGUCAAAUAAAAUAAUAAAUAAUUUUUGCACAUUUGCAGAUAAUAACCUUUAAAUAGUUUUUAAUUCUUAAUGUAUGUUCAUCACAUUAAAUUUGAGGGGCAUGAUAUGAUUUGACUUUCAUCAGAAAUGUAUUUCUUCUUGAAAAUCUCAAAAAUCGGGUUUGAUUAAAUUAAUCAAUGAAUUUAUAGUAAAACGUACAAAAAUAAACACAUGAAAUAGCUUUAAAUACUUAAAAUUCUUCAAAAUUGCUGACUGUAACAUCUGAAAUGUAAUUAUAAGAAAUGUAAGAUUUCUUCAUUUUUUUUCUUUAUUGAUUAAUUAGAGAGACUUCAUUGCAGUUUUGCAGAUCUCAUUAGAAUUAAUAGAACUGAAUUUAAAAAAUAAAUUAAUUUAAAAAUAAAAAAACAACUCGUACUUUCUUCAGAUAUUUCAACUUAAAUGGUAAUUCUUCUUAAAAUCAGGUUUAAGCAAAUUAAAUAAAAUAAAAAUGGUAAAAAAAAACAAAAACAAACAUUUUUUAAAAUUCAAUUCUUACAAUUUGCAGUCAGGAUAUGUGUAUAAAUGUAGUUAUUAAAACACUUCAGGAUGUCAUUUAGGGAAAAUAGGGAAAAUACAGAUGAGUUUGUAUGUGUAUGUUUGUUUAUCUUUGAGAUCACACAACUUUGUCAGCGCUGUAGAUGGUGAACAGGAACAAACCUGCAAGCUGUCUCAUUAUUUUUUAUUUUAUUUUUAUUUUUUUACAACAAAGCCCAAAACCAAGAGAUGAGAGAGUUACAUAGCAUGUUUUUGAAUACUAGGUUAACUACUUAGGGAACAAAUAACCUUUAGGGAAAUGCCACAAUAGGCGUUGCGACCCUUCUUCUACUUGUAUGUAACAUGACCCUUUUUAAUCAUGAAACAGUUUCUUACUGUAAUUUCACUUCCUGUGUAGGAUUACCAAAACGCCAUGUAGUAGUGCAUUUCCGUCUUCGACAUGAUCAGAGUGAGUUCGUUAUCGGCAUUUCUAUAUAGGACGCAUACUCUAUGAAGUUCUUAAGGAAAUACAAUAACUUUGUGCAAUCUAUGCAUGACUUUUCACUUAAGGAAUCAAUGUUUGUCAGUUUGUUUUGACACAAAUGUAUGCCUUACAUUUUCAUACUCAUAACUGUAGCAUAGGUCGUCAGUAAAUGUGUAGAGUUUUUUGGUACGAUAGAAUUGUAGAUGAAGUAGAAUUGGAAAUUUUAGACGAGCUGUUCUAGGCAGUGUAGAACUACAGUAACUCGCUUGAGCUCAGUUUUAAAGUUAGCAAAAAUAGUCCAAAGCCCUGUUGAGAUUUUCUCAAUGUGCACUAUACGGUCAUGUAUCUCCUGUGUUGAUUAUUUUUCUAUGAUUGUUAGUUUGUUCGCUCUAUUUAGCUGUAGUUUCAAAACGUCAGAGUGAUGGUGCUUUUCCACCAUUGAAAUGAAUAACAUAGCUCAUGCUUCCAUGUAUCAGGGGAGUCUUUUCUGCACAAGUAGGUUGAAUGUAUGUUGUUGGUUUACCUUGUAACUCUAUAAGUCAGUUCUCUUACCUUUUUAGUUUUUUCCACUUUUUGUUUUUUUUUCUCUGCAUGUUAAACUCUGCUGUAUUUUAUAGUAGUUGUUUUCUGUGACUUUUCUUUCUCUCUCUUUUAAGGCUUUUGUUUUGAAUCUUUUGUGUAGGUACUAUUACUAUGCAUAAGAAAUCUCACAUUGUGGUGCAGUACUGGACUGUGUAAGUCAGUCGGUUGGUCUCUUGUGUAUGUUGGAUGUUGAUUAUCGAAGGAAUCGUGUAAUAUUGACUUAAAUAUGCAUGUGCACCGACCGAAGCUGGUUAUACAAUAUCACUACUGUAUAUGUAAGUGGACAUUUUAACAGAUUUUGAUGACCUUUAAAUAAUAUAUUCAGGACCAGAGAAGCACCGUUCCCCUUUUUUUUUUGAUUAUAGGGAAAUCUAUGGAGAUUUAUCUUUGCACAUUAGAAUGUUUAGCAGAAUUCGGCUGAUGCGUGUUUAGCAAAGGCCUCCAUAACCAUGGUUUGUUCUUCUGAGCAAACAAUCAAAACUACAAGCUAAAUUCACCAGCUGAAAUCAAAAACAGCAUUUUUCUGUUUCCUGUGUACAGCCACAUUGCAACGAAACGUUGAAUAGAGGCGCAUUGUAUAUCGAAGGGAACGCCGUACUGUAUAUUUAUAACCUCUUAAUGUCACUCCUCACUGUUUCUGCCCAGUAUUUCUUGAAGGGCUAGAGUAAAUGUUUGCAACCAUAUCACACUAGCGACUGCAUUUGAGCACUGUUGAGAGGGCUGUUUACAGGGAUGUUACAUAAAUGCAUGCCGUCACAAUCACGCAGUUUCAUUCAGCAUGUUUUUGGAAGCAUGUUCGAGCUCUUUACAGCAUCCUCUGAUCUCAUGGCUGACCAUUCUAUAUAUUGUAUCCAGUUGAUUAUUUGAAUAAAUUAAAGUUGCCUUUA